UCUUUUCUAUAUUUGGGGGGCGGGUGGGGGAUUCAUCUGACUGACAUCUCUCACGGUAGGGUUUACACCCGGUUUAUAUGACGGGUCUGUUGAAUGGGCUUCUUAGAAAAUUUGUUGCCUCGGUUUUAGUGCGUGGAAGUAACCCAAGAUGCGCACGGAGGUGCAACCGCUUCCCCGCACGGCGCGUGAAUAGGACCGAUGCAAGGCCAAUUGGCAUGAGUUCGCACAACCGGAGCCAAAGCAGCGCGCCGCGCACCGACUACGUGUGGCAAUAUGAAUACUACGACGAGGAGCCCGUCUCUUUCGAGGGACUCAAAGCACACAGAUACUCCAUCGUAAUCGGCUUCUGGGUUGGACUUGCAGUGUUCGUCAUUUUCAUGUUUUUUGUUCUCACCGUGCUGGCCAAGACAGGAGCGCCACAGCGGGAAAACCCAGACGCCGAGAAUCUGCCCGGUCCGGGAAGCGUUCUCGUGAACGUCAUCGGUCCGAAAGACGACGACCACAAAGCCGUUUCUCGUCCCUUCCUGGCAGAGUCCCGCUCUUACUUUAAUUUCUACAUCAGUGAGGAUAAAGAGGGCAAGAAGUGGCAAAAAGCCGAGGCGAAGCAGAAUGGAACGAGGGAGACGGUCAACCGGUCACAGGAAGGUGAAGACACGAGGGAACUCUUACUUCUCAAUGGGCUCGUAGGGGGUGAGAGGGAAACAGACACCGACUGCACCUUCUUGUCCAACUUUAACAUCCCAAAUUGUGUCAGCUUUGAGCGCAACUCACUGGGAGAAGAUGACCUGCUGUGUGAGCCGCCCAUCAAACCGGACCACAACAUACGAUCUGCUGACGUUCACUAACAGUAUUUCUAUAAAAGACAACAUGGACGUGGUUUGUAGCUGUCAUUAUUUGCUUCCUCUUGCCUGGAACGAUUUAGGACGUCACAGGAGCCUGGAAACCAGAUCGACGGACUAAUGACAACCGAGCGCUAAUACCAGGCUCUUAACCUUUGCUUACAAUUCCAGGCAGGGAAGUCGCUUGUACGUUGCGAGAGGGAGUCCUUGAAAAAACAAUUAACUUAAUUUAAGCUAAAUUACCUACUACUUGAACAAGAAAUAUUUGGCGAGAAUACUUAAAACAAGUAAACAUAGCUAAACUAAAAAUAGAACCAAGAUGUCUUAAAACUAGUGUGUUUAUACUAACUACACCUGUAGAAUUAUGGUAUUAUUUUAAGCUAAACCUACUCAUCACCAGGCAGCACAAUUAACUGUCUUUUAACGAGCCCUGUGAUCAAAUGGCGGCCGAUCCGGGGUAUAGUAAGGUGACGACGUGCUCACACAUCUUCAUUCUUUUUGACGUCUCCCUUGAAACAAACUAUCGGGCGGCGAUUAUUAUGCAAAAGAACAUUGCAAGAUUUUACCGUCUUUUGGCAAAUAGGAUGUGCUGGGAAUGCUGAAUGUUCGAUCAACCUUAAUUAACUCUGUCUAAAUGAGCUUUUGCAUGUGACAGAUGAGCAGCGUUUAAUUAUAACAUUCCCGACAUGCCGCUGACAUACUCAGACUUCUCUCCUCUGCUGACUUGUAUUAGUCGGAUCUCAGGAGUGAUUGGCAGCAGUUGUUACUGGGUAAUGCACUGGAAACAAUUAGAGAACGUGAGAAUUUCAGGGGACCAUGUCUCACCUUUCCCGUUUUAAGGCUAAUGCCAAAUACAGUGUUACCUUCAAGCAGUGAUUCCCAACCACUGUGUGGCGGCACAUUAGCGUGCCGUGCGAGAUCGCCUCGUGCGCUGCGCGAAAUUAUCCAAUUUCACUUAAUUAGUGCAGAAAUUAUGCUUUAUUUACUACAAAUAAUGUCUUUGCUCAUCGAUCUAUGCUAGUGAUGUACAGUGAUAGGCAGAACAGUUAAAUGCUCAUGAUGAUUAUCAUUAUUUCUGCAUACAGUACAUAAGUUAAAAAAAACAACAACAACAAAUCAGGUUAUGACAUCACCAUAGGAACGAAACUAUGUUGCAAUUUGAGGAUGCCCUGUACAUUAAAAUAAUAACUACAAAAAGACAUAAUACGACUUAAUCCUUUGGUCCUGGCUAACCUAAGCUCUAGCGCGGUAACUUGAGGUCUCGCGAGAUUUGCCGACAUCUCGAGUGACGUCUGAAAAGAUGGCGGUUCCACUUCCUCCAAUUUUUUGCAGAUUUUUUUUGCCUUCAGAAGUCACCUAAUUAGUAAAUAGAGUGCACCUGUGUGUCAUUUACUCAACACACCUGUUCUGUGAAGUCGUCAGUGUUUUGUUAUUUUAUUCCUCUAUGUAAGUACGUUGUACAAUAAAAUUACAUAUA